AUGAAAGGUUAUUCUGGAACAGCCAAGGCCAGAUUGGAUCAAGUGAAAAAUUUGAAUUCAGAAGCUCGAAAAACCUAUUCAAGCUGUGUGAAGCCAGUGUUCGAGUGGUGCGUCACGGUCAAUAUUACCUUCACGAUCUUUCUGCCCCACAUAGGUUCUGAGAAACUGAUGAAGCACGACAGAGAUGAGCUAUGGAGAAUGACAGUCGUUGGACUCGAUUAUGGUCUAAUUCAUAGCCAAAGAUCGCUAGCCCUUUUGAUACUACAGCAAAAAAAAAUAGAGUUGCUGGAGAAGAUUGAUGUAGAGCAGAAAGUACGUAUUGUCACCUUGAUCGGCUCUAUCUUUGUUGCAAUAGGGGCUGUGAUUUUCGCACCCAUCGGCAUUGGACUUGGACUGGCAGCCGCAGUUGGUGCAUCUUUGGGACUAACCCAAUAUGACGUUUGGAAACAAAAGACAUCCUAUGAAGACCAAAUAAAUUGCAUUGAAAAGUUUUUUGAGAUUCUUCAAGAAAAAAUUCGAUCUGCCACCGGAAUAGUUGAAGAUAUAAACAAUACCUUGGAAAAAGACAUAACCAAUUUACAUAUACUUCGGGGAAAAAUUAGUACCGCCAAUAUAAAAAAAUUUCUUUUAAAUUUCGACUCACCGGCUAUGCAAGCUCAAUUCGUUCCUGCUAUAAAAAAUGUUACGGAGCAGUGUGUAGAAUACAUCAACUUGCAUAGAGAUAAUUCAGUAUUUUAUGAAAAUAGUAAUACCGAAACUCGACGAAAGGCACCGCAAAUAUCUGACAUCCUGGGACUAGUAGAUCAGUCUGAAACUGUAUCAGUUGCAAACAUGCAGAUAUUUAAGGAUGCAAGCCCUUUCCCGGAAGACAUAGGGCCUACACAGAGCAAUUCUUGA